GCUGUUUAAAGUGGCGUUUGCGGCGCGCGAAGGGGAUGGCGGAGCCGGCGGACUAUCCCCCUUUCCAGCUGGGCAAGCCCCGCUUCGAGCAGACUUCAUUUUAUGGCAGAUUCAGGCACUUCUUGGAUAUCAUUGAUCCGCGCACCCUCUUUGUUACUAAGCUGUGGGAAGCUCAAAAAAUAAAGCAGGCCAUCAUACAUCCCGAUACAAACGAGACCAUCUUCAUGCCUUUCAGAAUGUCAGGUUACAUUCCCUUUGGAACACCCAUUGUUGUUGGUCUUCUGUUGCCCAAUCAGACACUGGCAUCCACCGUUUUUUGGCAGUGGUUGAAUCAGAGCCACAAUGCAUGCGUCAACUAUGCAAACCGAAAUGCGACAAAGCCUUCUCCGACAUCCAAGUUCAUCCAAGGCUACUUGGGAGCUGUCAUAAGUGCUGUCUCAAUAGCAGUGGGCCUUAAUGUGCUGGUUCAGCGAGCAAACAAGUUUACUCCCGCCACCCGUCUCCUGAUCCAGAGGUUUGUGCCAUUCCCUGCUGUAGCUAGUGCCAAUAUCUGCAAUGUUGUCCUGAUGAGGCACACGGAGCUGGAAGAAGGAAUUGAUGUUUUGGACAAUAACGGAAACAUUGUCGGAUCUUCCAGAAUUGCUGCAAAACACGCACUGCUAGAAACAGCCCUGACUAGAGUGGUCCUGCCAAUGCCUAUACUGGUUCUACCUCCAAUUAUUAUGUCCAUACUGGAAAAAACGUCCCUCCUGAGGUCCCGUCCCCGGAUGAUUCUCCCAGUUCAAAGCCUUGUGUGCCUCGCUGCCUUUGGCCUGGCCCUUCCCUUGGCCAUCAGUCUCUUCCCGCAGAUGUCUGAGAUCGAGACAUCCCGGCUGGAGCCCGAAAUUGCCACGGCCACUGCCAGCAAGACGGUCGUCUACAAUAAAGGACUGUAAGGAGAAGCAGCGCGUCUCGACCCGGAAGAUUUGGGGAGGGAAAGGGGGAAACGUGAGAUUACUACUGGGAAAAAAAAAAAAAAAA